AUGAUUGAGGAUAAAGAACAUCCCCAGCAACUCCAAAAGCACAACUUUGAGAUGCCAAAAGGUAGAGCUCUAGUCUGGAAAAUUUUUCAAAUCUUCGUAUGUGAAUGUGUUGGUGCGGGAAUUAUAUGUUUCCCGGCUUUCUUACUGCCACCAGCAACGCUUACACCGGACUUUGCAAGUCCUCUGAUUUGUGGUUGUGCAGUCUAUCUUGGUAUCUGGAUUGUCGGUCCAACCAGUGGUGGACAAAUGAACCCCAUCUUAACCUUGGCCUCCGCUAUAACCCGACGCCUCCCCCUUCUUUACAUUCCAGUCUAUCUGGUAGCACAGCUCUGUGGUUCUCUGGUUUCCAUGGCAAUAGCAUAUCGACUCAAUACUUCUUUAUCGACAUUGCCAAGUACCUAUGGCCUUACUCUACCCUCCGCGGACGCAUCUAUUGGAAAUGCACUUGGAAUGGAAAUUAUCAUCACAAUGGUUCUUGUCCUCACUUAUUUGGCAACUUUGGAUGAGAUUCGGGACGCUGUUUGGCAAAUGAAGAACUGCAAUAACUUUCCAAUUGCAAUGCUCUUAGCCGUUGUUUUCUGCGUCGCUGCUGGUGGUCCAAUUUCUGGAGGAAGCAUGAAUCCAUGGAGAAGUCUGUCUGCUGCAAUUAUACAAAAUCAUUAUGAUCAUGUUUGGAUCUAUAUCGUUGGACCUUCAAUUGGUUCCGUUUGUGCAUGCAUUCUCUACGAGCUCAUUAUUUGUGAAAACGUCUCUCUUCAAAGAACGAAAAGAUGGUUCACCGCAAAGCACUUUGACCGUUCCGUGAAACAUGACGAGUUUUAA